UACAAUAUUUAAUUUAAGUGUCAUCCUAUAUUAAAUUCUGAAUCUCUAAAUUUAAUUAUAGGUUAUUUUAUCAACUAGUAGAAUGUCUAAUUCUGAUCUUAAGCCAAUACAUCAAUUGCCUCAUUUACUUGAUGCAACGAUUGACUUUGUAUCUGGAUCUUUAGGAGCUGUUGCUAGUGUUUAUGUUGGACAGCCACUUGACACUGUUAAGGUCAAAAUGCAAACAUUUUCAGACAUUUAUAAAACUGGCAGUUUAGAUUGUUUCAGAAAAACUUUAAAAAAUCAAGGAAUUAAAGGGCUAUAUGCUGGAACUGCACCUGCCCUGUUAGCAAAUGUUGCUGAGAAUUCUGUUCUCUUUUCAGCAUAUGGAUUGUGUCAAAAAGUAGUCUAUAACAUAUACAAUCAUCCUUCCCUACAUUUACACUCAACAAAACCUUAUUUUGUGAUGCCAAGAAUAGAUAAAGAGAAGGAAAUAUUUUUAAAAAGCCCCCCAGUUACCCUUACGCCACUUGGGAACGCCAGUGCAGGGGCGAUGGCGGCCAUUUUUUCUACUUUUGUGCUCUGUCCUACGGAACUCAUCAAAUGCCGGAUCCAAGCUUACCAAGAAAAUAAUCCCACUGCCCUUUCAAACGAUGCGUUAACCAAACAUAAAUCAAUCAACAUAUCUCCCAAUGCUCUUAAUACCAUUCGUAAGACCGAACUCAAAGUAGGUCCUUGGUACAUUACGAAACAAAUAUACUUAAACGAAGGAGGUUUGCCAGCUUUUUUCAAAGGACUAGGACCCACGUUUGGGAGGGAGGUUCCAGGUUAUUUUUGCUUUUUUGGAGGCUACGAAUUGACUCGUAGUUUAUUGAUUCCACCAGGAAAAACUAAAAAUGACAUAGGAGUACUGGGAACUAUAUUUAGUGGAGGGAUAGGCGGUGUCUGCUUAUGGCUGGCGGUCUUUCCUUUCGACGUGAUAAAAAGUAGGAUGCAAGUCCUUAAAGAUAAUAACAAAUUUUUACCAGUGCUCAAGGUGAUAAUCAAACAACAAGGCUUCAGAGGUCUAUACAAAGGCUUAGGGCCUACCUUGCUCAGAACAUUUCCUGCUAGCGGAGCCCUUUUUCUAACUUACCAAUUGAGUCAAGAAAAACUUCAAACAACUUCUUAUAAAUUCUUAUUCUAGUUUAUUUUUUAAACAAUAAUCUUUCUUUUAUAGCGAAUUAACAUUGUAAUUCGAGAUGCCAGUAAGAAUAUAUUAAAUACUAAGUAUUGCUCCUCAGAUCAUUGUUAAAUUUUUCACUACCCGAUAUUUACAUUUUCGGAUAUUCACUCAAAUCCCUUAAGCGGUAUUGGUAAGCGAUAGAUUUAGCACGAAUAUCCUCGGCACAGCUCUAAAAUUUAACUUUGAAAUACGUUUUUAUUAUAUUUUUAUAUGUACUAAAUUUUGAUAUUGUUUAUAAUUACCCAAAAAUAGGAAAUAUUUCCUUUUUUUACAAUUUUAAAAUAAUUUCAAAUCCCCCGCCCCUCCCAAAAAAGAUGCUUACAACAAACUACGAAUUUAUAUUAAUCUCGUGUCUGAGAAAAUUAUAAUAAAUAUUUAUUUAUUUUUUCCCCUCAUUUUAAUGUAAAAUAAUAGCAUCAUUAUUACAUUCUCCGGUAAAUGUAAGACUGUGCAUCCUACUUACCCGUUAUUAUUUGUUAUAAAUAAGUAAAUCACAGACUAAAGAGAAUACAUUAUAUUAAAAAUUUUAAGUCAUUAAAUAUUAUUUUUUUAGUGAUAAAUCGCGAAUUUAUAUACAAAUUUUUAUUCCAAAUAAAUUUGAA